AUGAGGAACACGCACAUCUUCGCGGGCACAAGCUGCCCCGCACUCACGAACCAGAUCUGUGGGAAUCUGGGCAUGGCAAAGGGCGAGGCCGAACUCACCCAGUUCUCCAAUGGCGAAACCAGUGUGCGCAUCCUGACGAGCGUCAGAGAGAAGGAUGUCUUUAUCGUCCAGUCCGGCAGUCCCAGGACGAACGACACGCUGAUGGAACUGCUUAUCAUGGUCUCUGCUUGCAAGGGAGGCUCAGCAAGCAAGGUCACAGCCGUGAUGCCCUACUUCCCCUACUCUCGUCAGUCGAAGAAGAAGUCACAUCGGGGUGCAGUGACAGCACGGAUGAUUGCCAACUUGUUGGAUGUAGCUGGUGUCAAGCACGUCAUUACCGUUGACCUGCAUGCCUCCCAGAUGCAGGGAUUCUUCCAGUGCACUGUGGACAACCUGCAUGCCGAGCCGCUGAUCGCGCGCUGGAUCCGGCACAACAUUCCCGAGUGGAAAGAAUCGGUUGUGGUGUCGAAGAACGCGGGUGGCACAAAACGGGUGACCUCACUGGCGGACGCGUUGAAGCUGAACUUUGGCAUGGUGACGACGGACAAGCGGAGGUGGAACAACAUGACGGCGAGCAUGAUCCUUCACCAGUCGGAGGGCGGCCCGCACACACCGGCAGCCAUUGCGAACUUCCGGGCGCUCCCCAGCCACACGCGGGUGCUUUCGGCGGGCUUGAACGGAAUUACCCACUCGUCGGAGGCUUCGAGCUCGAGAGGACCGGCGCCAACCAGCGCUCCUCGGAGCGAUGCAGCGUCGGUGGCAUCGACCAGCGAGUCCACGAAAACCGAGGGUCCAUUCGAGGAGCAAGACGGCAAGUUGCAGAGUCAAGAGAAUGCGGAGUACAACGAUAGGCGUGCGCGUGAAGUCACGCACGCACGCUUCAUCCAAGGCCGCAUUGUGCCGGACGACUUCCCAUCACCAGCUCUCUCGGCCACGGGGAGCGUGGCUGAAGACGACCCGAUGACGAUGUCUCACGUGUCGUCGUUCUUCCAGCCGGAGUCGCACGCUCUCGGCGGCUCGGGCGACGAAGGCGAGUCCAGCUCGGACGAGGAGGCGGAGGCGAGCACACACCCGCCUAUCGAGCGCAUGGUGACGCUGGUGGGCGACGUGCGCGACCGGACGGUGCUCAUCGUCGACGACAUGAUCGACAAGCCGACGUCCUGGAUUGCUGCGGCCGAAACGGUGGUUAAGAAAGGCGGCGCACGGAAGGUGUACUGCAUCGCCACGCACGGCGUCUUUGGCGGGGACUGUCUUAAGCAGUUGCAGGCUUGCGAGUGCAUCACCGGAAUCAUCGUCACCAACAGCUAUCCGAUCCGCGAGAAUUAUGGACACAGCACGAGCAAGCUGGUCGUCCUCGACCUCUCUUUUCUUCUGGCUGAGGCCAUCCGGCGCAACCAUUAUGGCGAGUCGAUGUCUCCCCUGUUUCAGCACGUUGCAGACUAG